AACACAAUCCCAAAGCAGGUCAUCAUCUGGCAUCGCGCUUGCAACAUGGCGGUGAAUCUCACAGACCUCUCCCUUCCUCAGUUGGAGGGACUGAAAACUCAACUAGAUCAGGAGGUUGAGUUCUUGACAUCUUCAAUAGGUCAGCUCAAAGUGGCCCAGACCAAGUUUGUUGAUGCCAAAGAUAGUUUGAGUGUACUGAACAAAAACAAUAAAGGGAAAGAAUUGCUGGUUCCUCUCACCAGCUCUAUGUAUGUCCCUGGAACAUUAAAUGAUGUUGAUCGUGUCUUGGUGGAUGUGGGGACAGGCUAUUAUGUUGAAAAGAAUGUGAAAGACUCUGAGAAGUUCUUCAAGCGCAAAAUAGAAUUCCUCACAAAGCAGAUAGAGAAAAUUCAGCCAGCCCUUCAAGAAAAGCAUGCAAUGAAACAAGCUGUAAUUGAAGUAAUGAACGUAAAGAUCCAGCAGCUACAACAGAGCCAGCAGACAUCGCAGCCGGCUGGACCAACCAAGGCUUAAAGAUCUGUUACUCGUGAUGAUAAUAAUGUUUACUUGAUGAAUGGUUACGGACAAUAAAAUGCCUUUGGUUAACAUUA